AUGGUGACCAGGAACAUGAAGACCAAUACAGGGAAGAACAAAGUGACUAUUGUGAACUUUUUGACUUUGUCCCAUUUCCCGACCGAGAUGUAUGGUACAAAGACAAAUGCUGAUACGAUAGCAGGAGCAAUGGCAGAGAAAGGUUGUUCACUGGAUGAAAUAGCAGUUACUGUUCAAGAAGUGGCAGACUCCAUUGGUACAAUGAGUGUGAGCCUGUCUCCUUGUUCUGUCCCUGGACACAAACCAUCAUUUCAAUUAGGAGAGAAUGAGAUGGAGUUAGGCCUUGGGAUUCAUGGAGAAGCUGGAGUAGAGAGAACAAAUUUGCAAUCAGCUAAUGAGGUAGUUGCUAGGUUAUUGGAUCACCUUACCUCCACUGAAUCAGGAUAUCAGUACUUCAAUCCACCUAAUGGUACUAAUGUUGGAUUGGUUGUUAAUAAUUUAGGAGGAACAUCAAAUUUAGAGCUAUCUCUCAUUGCUGGUUCUGCCAUUGACUAUUUAACUAGCAAGUUAUGCUAUAAUGUUACAAGAGCUUAUAUGGGAUCAUUAAUGACUUCACUGGAAAUGGCUGGAGUGUCACUAACAUUAUUAAGAAUUAAGGAUCACUGGACAGAAUAUCUUGAUUAUUCCACUACUGCUCCUGGUUGGCCUACACAAUCUAAAGAUCCCAACCUAACUUAAUCUACUUACAAAAUAAAAAAAUUAAUAUUUUUGUAUAUAUUGUGUUUAUACAUUGUAUAUAUGAGAAUCAGAAGAAAUCAUUAUAAAGCAA